GUCGCUUACACCACUAAUCGACCAGUGCAUACUCGCUGCCGAGACUCCGCUCGUUUUUCCUUUCUGUCUUUGAUGUUAGGAAACAUGCUGGAAGACAAGUGCGGCCCCUUUCAUGAGAACUGUCCUCUGUGCGACACAGGGCCGGCUGGGCGCGCGCUUCUGCUGACAUUACGGUUUCGCUGGCAGGUAUAUCGGUCUGGCCCUAGCCAUGACCUCUAGUUUAGCAAUCGGCACCAGCUUCGUGAUCACUAAAAAGGGGUUAAUGCACGCAGAAGAACGGCAUGGCUUCGAGGGCGACGGCUUCGUCUACUUGCGGAGUCCCAUGUGGUGGGCCGGCAUCAUCUGCUUGGUCCUUGGGGAGAUCUUCAACUUUGCAGCAUACGCCUUCGCGCCCGCGAUUCUCGUCACUCCGCUAGGGGCGCUGUCAGUAUUGAUAGGAGCUGUGCUAGGUUCCUAUGUCCUGAAGGAAGAGCUAGGGACGCUGGGCAAGCUAGGGAGCGCCAUCUGUUUGAUUGGAGCAGUCAUUAUCGUCUUGCACGCGCCUCCUGAUGAGGAGAUCGAGACGAUCGACCAAAUCCUCAACUAUGCGAUUCAACCAGGCAUGUCACGCAACAAACCACAGGGCGGGUUCCUGUUCUAUUGUCUCGCUGUCUGUGUCUUCGCGGGCGUGAUGAUCUACAAGGUCAGCCCAGCCUACGGCAAAAGGAAUCCCCUCAUUUACCUGAGCAUCUGCUCUACCGUCGGGUCCGUCUCGGUCAUGGCCGUGAAAGCCUUUGGAAUUGCCUUGAAGUUGACCUUUGCCGGUCACAACCAAUUCACUCACCCCUCGACCUAUGUCUUCAUGAUCAUCACCGCGGUCUGCAUCCUGACCCAGAUGAACUACUUUAACAAAGCGCUGAGCCAGUUUCCCACCAACAUUGUAAAUCCCCUCUACUACGUCACCUUCACCACUGCGACGCUAUGCGCGUCUUUCAUUCUUUUCAAGGGAUUCAACACAACCGAAACAGUCAACACCCUCUCGCUGAUCUGCGGCUUCCUCGUCACCUUCACAGGCGUCUACCUCCUCAACCUCAGCCGCGGCGACCCGGACGGCACCAAGGCGCUCGCCCGCCGCGGCGCCGGCGACAUCACGGGCACCGACAUGGUGUCGAGCAUCCAGACGCGCAUCAGCAUGGAGGCGCGGCGGUCGCAUACGCAGGCUCACCGCAUGAGCAUCGGCAGCAACCGGGCCCACGGCGACCGCGACGGCUUGAUGCGCGCUUACGACGAGGAGGAGUUGGCCGGGUUCGGUCUGACGGACCUCGCCGAGGACACCGACGAGGAAUCCUCCGACGACCCGCGGUCACCCAUGAUUCCCAGUUUCCCACCCGCCCGCGGCAACGGCCACCCGCCACCACCAUCGAACGGGACUCACCUCGGGGUUAAGAACGCGAGCGAGUCAAUAGAGCUGCAGAAUAGGAAGUCGGGCGGGGAGAGGUGA